AUGGUGGCAGAAAUGAUGAGUUCAGUCCCCAAUUUUAUUGAUGACUGCAUGGCCGAGAUGGAUGAAAGAAGAAUGGGAAUCUUAUGUCUAUUACAUCAAAUAGAAUAUAAUUUUACUUAUCCCGAUCAAACCAGCGUCCGUAAACUUUUUCAAAUACCAACCCGUUAUACUGUACUCUGGGUACAAGACCCAACACAACUCCAAGUUGGAUCAACCUAUUAUCUCGUAUCCAGUCUUGGCAACAUCCUCAUCAACCCAACUCAAUGUGCCAUCAUUCCAAUCGACCAUUUAUCAUUUGCCUAUUAUGAAUGA